CCCGUGUAGUAUGCGUUUCUAUGAGAUGAUACCCUGUCAGGCCUUUAUAUCAAUAUCCCUUCUCCAUCAGGGUCCGCGUAACCCUCCAUUUCUUUCCAGCUGCCGUUCCUACCCUCUUCUCUUCAUUUACAAUAGGUUACCAUCCAAGUGCCUUUCAAUAUGGGUUUCUGGAAGAGACUCACAGAGUUUCUCUUCAUCCACCGUUUCACGGACCAAACCAAGUUCUCACAUACUUACUCCCCAGUCCAAGAUCUUUCCCUCGUUGAUGCUUUUGAUGCAAAGUUUAUUGACGGGGCUUGUAAUUCACCUAAGAAUAGACAAUGCUGGUCAACUGACUUUGAUAUUCACACGGAUUAUGAGGAGAUCAUCCCAGAGGGUGUAGUUCGAAAGUUUCUUCUGUAUGUUACUAAUGAAAGGAUUGCACCUGAUGGAUACUGGGUUGACCGGAUGCUGUUCAAUGGAACGUAUCCCGGACCGACUCUUGAGGGGAACUGGGGAGAUACUUUUGAAAUCACCGUUGUGAACCAAUUGACAAACUUCAAUGGCACUUCUAUUCACUGGCAUGGCAUCCGUCAACUAAACACCAACUGGAUGGACGGCGUAUCAGGCGUGACUGAAUGCCCGAUCCCACCCGGUGAACAGUUUACGUAUCGUUGGAGAGCUACACAAUAUGGAACAUCAUGGUAUCACAGUCACUUCAGUCUACAAUAUGCCGACGGACUAGCAGGCGCACUCAAGAUUAAUGGGCCGACUAGCAUGAACUACGAUGUUGAUCUCGGUCCAGUUCUCAUCACUGAUAACUUCCACAAAACUGCCUUCUCCCAAGUUCAGCUCGAAUAUCUAGGCCGCCCUCCAGCUCCAGACAGCAUGCUGAUGAACGGCAACGGCACAUACUACUGCUGUCCCUCGCUAGACAAGAACUGCAAGGGUGAUUCCAAACUCACAUCAUUCCACUUCGAAAAAGACAAGACAUACAAAAUGAGCCUCGUCAACACUGCUGCUUCAACACAUACAACGUUUUGGAUCGACGGUCAUAAGUUCUGGGUCGUGGCGACUGACUUUGUCCCCAUUGAACCCUACGAAACAGACAUGAUCAACAUCGCUAUUGGUCAACGCUACGAUAUCAUCGUAAACGCAACAGCCGUCAAGGGGCACAGUAGCAGAAACGUGAACUUCUGGAUCCACGCACGCGAUUGUCAAAAUGGCGGUGCGAGAUCUAAUCUUGGUAUCAUCCGCUAUGACGCUAGCUCAACAUCUAUCCCUUGGACACCUCCCCCCAGACAGGAUAACAUCUGCUACGGCUGUCAGGACGAGCCCAGCAAGAAACUCAAACCCAUUGUUAAGCGUAACAUCACACAACACAAUGAGGAUUACAUUAAAAACUCAUUCAAAGUACAUCUCGUCGGAUAUCCCAACGAAUUCAAGAAAGACUCCAUGAUGCACAAAUGGGUUCUCGCCAACUCCUCCUUCUACCUUGACUGGGCAGAACCAAGUCUAAGUCUCGUCAAGAUCGCUUCGGAAAAAGGAUGGAAUAACCCUCAGUUUCCUGUUGGGUAUGAACCUGUCACCUUGGAUUAUAAGAAUGGAACGUGGGCUGCUUUUCUCAUAGAGGGCAAGUUUACGGAAUCGAUUCAUAAUUCUACAACAAAGGGCCAUCGAAAGGUUUAUAAGACGCAGGCACCUGUUGCGCAUCCGAUUCAUGUUCAUGGACAUGACUUUGUUCUUCUCGAUUCUGGGACUGAAGAGUUUAAUCCGAAUAACUUUACUCUUCAGCUGGACAACCCUCCUCGUCGGGACGUUGUACUCUUACCGGUCGAUGGCUACAUUAUUAUCGCCUUCCAAAUCAACAACCCUGGUGUUUGGCUAAUGCACUGUCAUAUCGCCUUUCACGCAUCGGGAGGUCUGGCGCUUCAGUUCGUUGAGUCUCCUGAAGUCAUUGGACCUAUGUUUAAAAAGUCUGGCAUCUUGCCUACAUAUUCCGAGACGUGUGCGAACUGGGCUGCGUAUUAUACCAUGUUCAACAAGCACAACAACGCGACUCAGGAUGACUCUGGUAUCUAGACUACCGGGUACAAGACGGAAUAGUAGCAUGUCCGGGGUUCGAUAGGCUAGCAAAAGUGACCCAUGACUUUUGAAGAAUGUCCAUAGGUUUUAGGGUAUCAUUUUAGGCGGGGGGACCUUAGGGUUGAAUGAAGUGCUUGAACUCUACAAAAAAAGGAGCACCUAUUCUAAAGAAUUGAAGUAAUAAAUCGUUUUAAAUAGCGCUUGUCUCGGCUUGAACAGUUAUGACGACAUCUUUGUCAGCCC